AUGGACGAUUCAUCGUCCUACAACGACAGCAAUCGUGCCUUCGUCCAAGCCUUCCUCGCCCGCGGCACCCUGACCUACGAGACCAGCAAACCACUUCUAGCAUCUAUCUUCACCGUGCACGAGGGCCGAGAGAUCCUUCCCAACGACAUCACAGAAGCAGAUCUCCGUUCCUAUGUCUCCGCUGCGAAUCUUGCUCUCUCACCCCUCGAUCUCGAGAUCAGAUCUACUUUCCAUCAGAGUAGCAGGGAGCGUGUAUAUGCUCUUGUGAAUACAAGUAGUGAUGCGCUGACGCAGAUGGCGACAACCUAUUCGGUAGAAGAGAUGGGCUUCGUGAAGAGGGUUCUGGAUUGGAUGUUUGAUGGGCCCGCGAAUACGAGGAGGUCAGAGGCCAUGUGUAUUUCUGGGACGGAGGCGGUAAAUUUGGCGAAGGUGGCCGGUGGGGUGAGGAGGGAGACGCAGAAUGGGAACACCCAAGGUGGUGGUGGGAGUCAAGGGUUAAGUAUGCGGGAUGCGGAGGGAAUGAUGGGAAGAUUGGUUGAAGAGGGUUGGUUCGAGAAAAGUGGGAAGGGAUUCUACAGUUUGACUCCAAGAGCUUUGAUGGAGUUGAGAGGCUGGCUGGUGGAAUCUUACAACGAUCUUGAGGACGAAAGCGACGACCGAGGAGACAGGAUUAAAUUUUGUCAGGCUUGUAAGGAGAUUGUUACAGUGGGUCAACGAUGCCCAAAGCGGGAAUGUCCUUGUCGACUACACGAUAUCUGUACCGCAAACUUCUUCCGGAUGCAGCGAAAUCGGAAUUGUCCUAUCUGCAAGGUCGAAUGGGAUGGCAAGCAUUUCGUUGGUGAAAAAGCGAUCACGACCUCCGAGAGAUAUCUUCAAGGGAGGAGAAGGAGCGGUGGUAGCAGAAGAGCAAGGCAAGAAGUUGACGAGGCAGACGAGAACGAAGAGGCCUGA